AUGGUAUUGUUUAAGACGUUUAUAGUAUUUCUGGUGAUGUUUGUAGAGUUGGGCCAAACCAAGAGUUUUGGAUAUAAGACAAGUACUGGUUAUUCCCAGAAUGGAGAAGAAGACAAGUUAUUAGUGAAGACAAAUAAAGGAUAUGUUAGGGGUAUAACACUUGACACCAUUACUGGCAAGAAAGUGGACGCCUUCUUAGGGAUACCUUUUGCAAAGCCUCCGGUCGGCAGAAAUCGGUUCAAACAUCCAAAACCGAUCGAUCCGUGGACUAACAUUUUCAACGCUACCGAAAGACCAAAUUCUUGCUAUCAAUUGAAUGACACAACUUUUGGCGACGACUUUCCGGGAACUGUUAUCUGGAAUCCCAACACUAAACUCAGUGAAGAUUGUCUCUAUCUAUCCAUUUGGAGGCCUCGACCCCGGCCUACAAAUGCAGCCGUUUUGGUUUGGAUAUAUGGCGGCUGUUUCUAUAGCGGAUCCAUUUCCUUAGACAUUUAUGACGGAAGAGUAAUGGCAGCCGAACAGAACAUAAUAGUGGUUUCCAUCAACUAUAGGCUCGCGAAUCUCGGUUUCCUCUUCUUUGAAAACUCGCGAACAGAAGCGCCGGGAAAUGCGGGUAUAUUUGAUCAGAUUAUGGCUCUUCAGUGGAUUAAAGACAAUAUUCAUAACUUUGGUGGAAAUCCCGAUAACAUAACACUGUUUGGCGAGAGUGCGGGCGCGACGAGCAUUAGCUUUCACUUGAUAUCGCCGUUGAGCCGACAUCUGUUCAGUCAGGCUAUACUGCAAAGCGGAGCGCCGACCGUCCCCUGGGGUCUCGUCAGUCACCAUGAAUUAACAUUGAGAGGACUGAGACUCGCGGAGGCCGUUGGCUGUCCGCACGACCCCAAGAAUCAGGACGCAGUGGUCGAGUGUCUGCGAGGAGCGGAUCCCUGGGAACUGGUCAGCAAUGAAUCGGGAAAUUUUGGUGUCGUUGAGUUCCCAUUCGUGCCCAUCAUUGACGGCACUUUCCUCGAUGAGCCGCCAGACGUGUCGUUGGCUAACAAAGACUUUAAAAAGACUCGACUCCUAUUGGGCAGCAAUACAGAAGAGGGCACUUACUUUAUUAUCUACUAUUUAACGGAUCUGUUCAAGAGAGUAGAGGACGUUUAUCUCACGCGAGAAGAUUUGAUCAAAUCAGUGAAAGAGCUGAACCCAUAUGUGAAUCGUAUGGGUCAGGAGGCCAUCAUUUUCGAGUACACCGAUUGGCUCAAUCCCGAAGACACCAUUAAAAACAGGGACGCUGUCGACAAAAUGGUUGGCGAUUAUCACUUCACAUGUCAUGUCAAUGAAUUGGCCUCUCGUUACGCGGCCGCCGGUAAUGAUGUGUAUAUGUAUUACUUCACACACCGCACGGCCCAAAGUCCAUGGCCUAAAUGGAUGGGUGCCAUACAUGGAGACGAAAUCAGUUAUGUUUUCGGCGAACCCCUUAACCCUCGCUUCCAGUUUACUCCAGAGGAAAGGAGACUCAGUGAACAAAUGAUGACUUAUUGGGCCAACUUUGCCAAAACAGGCAAUCCGAGUAUAUCAAUGAAUGGCCAGUGGUCUCACACGUAUUGGCCAAUCCAUACGGUUCACGGCAAGGAAUAUCUGACGCUUGCGAUUAACAAUACCGAGAUUGGUCGGGGCCCCCGAGCAAAACAGUGUGCAUUUUGGCAGCAAUACUUGCCUCAACUCAUCAAAGAUAGUAAUUAA